CCGCCGCGGUCAGGUGGAGCCGCUGGUGCGCUGGCCCCGGGUGCCGAGCGCGGAGCUCGCCUCGGUCCUCUCCUCGCCCGUCUGCCUGGCGUGCGCACGGCCGCCGCGCUCGGGCACCGUGGCCCUGCCGCGGUUGUGACUGCAUUCUACCGGCGCUGCUCGGCGUGGCCGGGCUCCGGGUCCGCUGGGCGUGCGAGCGAGUGAGUGUGUGCGUGCGCGCGCGGGUGCGCGCAGGGGUGGGGGCUGCGGCGCGGCGCUCGCCCCCCGGUAGCCCCCCUCUCCUCUCGGCUCCCCACACCUCCCUCCGGCUCCCUCCUCCCGCCCGCCCUCCCCUGCCCUGCCCGCCCGCCCCCGCUGCAGCUCCUUUAAUACACUUUGGUUCUCCGCCUGGCUUUGGACUCUUCUCCUCCACCUCCUCCUCCUCCUCCCGCGCCGCCGCCUCCUCCUCCUCUUCCUCUCCGCGCCUUCGCUACGCGCCCGGCCGCCCGAGGCAGAUCCAGGCGGCGGCGGAGGCGGCGGGAGCAGGAGAGCGGCUCCCAGGGCUGAAGCGGCCGCCACCACCGCCGCCUGCGCCUGGAGCCCGGUGGCCGCCGGACGCACCGCGCGGAUCGGGAGCGGGAGUCGAGGCGGCGCGGAGGCGCAGGGCUCGCAGGGGCGGGCGGGCGCGCUAGCCAUGCUCCUGGACGCGGGUCCGCAGUUCCCGGCCAUCGGGGUGGGCAGCUUCGCGCGCCACCAUCACCACUCCGCCGCGGCGGCGGCGGCGGCUGCCGCCGAGAUGCAGGACCGUGAACUGAGCCUGGCGGCGGCGCAGAACGGCUUCGUUGACUCCGCCGCCGCGCACAUGGGAGCCUUCAAGCUCAACCCGGGCGCGCACGAGCUGUCCCCGGGCCAGAGCUCGGCGUUCACGUCGCAGGGCCCCGGCGCCUACCCCGGCUCCGCUGCGGCUGCCGCUGCGGCCGCAGCGCUCGGGCCCCACGCCGCGCACGUUGGCUCCUACUCUGGGCCGCCCUUUAACUCCACCCGGGACUUCCUGUUCCGCAGCCGCGGCUUCGGGGACUCGGCGCCGGGCGGCGGGCAGCACGGGCUGUUCGGGCCGGGAGCGGGCGGCCUGCACCACGCGCACUCGGACGCGCAGGGCCACCUCCUCUUCCCGGGCCUGCCAGAGCAGCAUGGGCCGCACGGCUCGCAGAAUGUGCUCAACGGGCAGAUGCGCCUCGGGCUGCCCGGCGAGGUGUUCGGGCGCUCGGAGCAAUACCGCCAGGUGGCCAGCCCGCGGACCGACCCCUACUCGGCGGCGCAACUCCACAACCAGUACGGCCCCAUGAAUAUGAACAUGGGUAUGAACAUGGCAGCAGCCGCGGCCCACCACCACCACCACCACCACCACCACCCCGGUGCCUUUUUCCGCUAUAUGCGGCAGCAGUGCAUCAAGCAGGAGCUCAUCUGCAAGUGGAUCGACCCCGAGCAGCUGAGCAAUCCCAAGAAGAGCUGCAACAAAACUUUCAGCACCAUGCACGAGCUGGUGACACACGUCUCCGUGGAGCACGUCGGCGGCCCGGAGCAGAGCAACCACGUCUGCUUCUGGGAGGAGUGUCCGCGCGAGGGCAAGCCCUUCAAGGCCAAAUACAAACUGGUCAACCACAUCCGCGUGCACACAGGCGAGAAACCCUUCCCCUGCCCCUUCCCGGGCUGUGGCAAAGUCUUCGCGCGCUCCGAGAACCUCAAGAUCCACAAAAGGACCCACACAGGGGAGAAGCCGUUCCAGUGUGAGUUUGAGGGCUGCGACCGGCGCUUCGCCAACAGCAGCGACAGGAAGAAGCACAUGCACGUCCACACCUCCGAUAAGCCCUAUCUCUGCAAGAUGUGCGACAAGUCCUACACGCACCCCAGCUCGCUGCGGAAGCACAUGAAGGUCCAUGAGUCCUCCCCGCAGGGCUCUGAAUCCUCCCCGGCCGCCAGCUCCGGCUAUGAGUCGUCCACGCCCCCGGGGCUGGUGUCCCCCAGCGCCGAGCCCCAGAGCAGCUCCAACCUGUCCCCAGCGGCGGCGGCAGCAGCGGCGGCGGCUGCGGCGGCGGCGGCCGCGGUGUCCGCGGUGCACCGGGGCGGAGGCUCGGGCAGUGGCGGCGCGGGAGGCGGCUCAGGCGGCGGCAGCGGCAGUGGCGGGGGCGGCGGCGGGGCGGGCGGCGGGGGCGGCGGCAGCUCUGGCGGGGGCAGCGGGACAGCCGGGGGUCACAGCGGCCUCUCCUCCAACUUCAAUGAAUGGUACGUGUGACGAGUCGGGGCCUCUCUCCCUCUCCCUGUCCCCACCCCAGCGCAGCAGCCCUCCCCACAGCUAGCAGCGAGGGCACCUUGUGAUCAUGUUGUUAAAAUUAUGAAUCUGAUUUUUAUGAUGAUGAAAAUUUUACCAGCAGAAGGAUUUUUUAAAGUUUUUUUUUUUUAAUAAUAAUCUAGGCAUGAAGAGCAAAAGUAUCUCUUCCGGAGUCUUUGAAGCUGAAAAUAUAAAACAAAUAAAAAAUAAAAAAAUAAAAACCCACAAAAAUGUUGAACCAAACCUCCCUGCUAAUCUCCAUGCCCACGUUCUUUCCCACCCUGUUCCCAGUCUUCUGACAAACUGUGUACAUAGCGGACUCCUCCUUUCUCCUCCGAGGUGGUUUUAAUGGCUUUUUGGUGUAUAGAAGUUUGUCCAUUUGUAAAACUCCGGAUUGCGUUCCUCCCCGCCUUCCGCCCCUUCCCUUCCCUAAAGUGAUGGGCUUUCUCUUUUCUCUUUUUAGUUUACCCGGUUUCUUUUUAAGUAAUGUGGAAGAAAAUGGUUUAUUUUGUAUUGUGGUAUUGAAUAUUGUGUUCCUUUUUAUGAGGCAACCUGAUUGUAAACUUCAUGUAACUAUAGACUGGAAAAAAUGAGCCGUGCCAAAGUCUCCCUUCUGUUUCUUCAGCACAUUGACCCAUAGUACACACAUACACACCACCACCAACAACGCUUGUGAAUGUAUUUUUCUGUUAGCUGGGUUUACAUGUGAUGUUUUAGUGCUUUUGCAAGUUCAAUUUGUUAGUUCCUGUAUGAAAGAUUGUGGGGGAAAAAUAAACGUCGUGCCGUUAGCUUUUUCCGUAAUAACACCCUUCCUUCUGUAAAUACCCGUUACCAUAUUUAUCCAUUUGUAAUUAAAUUAUGGUAUUAACUUGCUACAGAGGAAACAAUAUUUAUAAAGAAUGUUUCUUAACUAUAAAUAUGUACAAUUGUGGGCAUAAACUGUUUCAGAUUUUUUAUUUGAAGGUUUUAAGUGGUUUGAUCAUUUCUUGUGAUGUUUUGAGAGUAAUGCAUACAGAAAUAUAAUAAAAUGUGUUGAAACUGCA